AUGCAUCAACAAAAUUUUACUUUUGAUGAGUUACGUCGCUUGAAUAUUUCUUCACAUGAAGUCCUCUUAUGGUCAUCUUCGAUGGAUCUUGCUGAGCGAUAUCAAUAUUAUGUUGAUCAAUCGAUCAGAUCUAUUGAAUUGAAUGAACUAUUCUUCAAUUGUACACCGCCAUGGUUUGGAGUGCGUUGUCAAUAUUCAUUUGAACUAGUAUCGAAUGUUGCCGACAUGACACUAAAUGUUCUAUGGCAAUCUGAUAUGACUGAUGCUGUUACUCAUCGUACAUGUUACAUUCUUUUAGAUUGUGAUCGUGGUCCGGCACCAAUGUGUCUGGAUUGGCGUGAAAUAAGUAAUGGUCGAAUUGAUUGUUUCAAUAAUGGUGUUGAUGAAAGUCAAUGUUUCGAAUUAGAAAUCAACGAAUGCAAUGAAGAUGAAUACCGAUGUUAUAAUGGAUUGUGCAUAUCGAGAAUCUUUCUCGACGACCCAUUUUAUGAAGCUGAAUGUCUCGAUAAAUCGGAUUUAUGGGCUGAGACUGAUUGUCCUAAUGCAUAUCUUCGCAGGAAUAUUUUUGAGUGCGCAGAACAUGCGUGCCCCCCCGAUGAAGGUCGAUUUCCAUGUGGUGAUGGACAAUGUGUAGAAGAUUUUGAUAAAUGUCAAAACGGACGACAUAUCCUACUGGCUCAAUCACUCAGUGUUCAAGGGUAUUUAGCAUAUGAUUGCUGGAUAGCUGUAUGUUGUCUCAGUAAAAUCACCGAUCAAAUCAAUGGAGUAUCAUGUGAACAGUUCGUUAACCUUUCUCAGGUUCUUCCUGGACUAGAAACGUGUGAAUACCCUGUUCAAUUUCCUACGAUUCCUGUGCUCUUAGGCCAUGUCCGCUUUUUAUAUUACCCAAAACAGAUUUUAAAUAUUAGUCUUGAAUUAGCUCUCAUACCCGAUUAUGUUUGUUAUGAUGAACAACUGUGCGAUUUUCUCAGGCCUACAUUUUAUCAUGGAAAUUUGACUUGUCGGCAUCGUUAUGAAAUGGGCCUUAAAUCGGAUGUCGAAUUAAAAGACUGGAAAUCGAUCAUUGAUUCAAUCAAACCUUAUUUUCAUGGUUGUAUCAGUUUUCAUUAUCACAACAUUGAACCACAUAACUCGUCGUUGUAUGCAUGUAAGAAUUCUUCGAAAUACAUUUCCAAAUAUCGCCUCAUUGACGGCAUAUCGGAUUGUGCUUUGAAUGAUGAUGAACAAGUAUCUGAAUUGAGUUGUUCAUUGAAUCAUCCAUUUCGAUUACAAUGUCUUAAUGAAAUUCAUUGCCAAUCGAUUUCCUUACUACGAAAUAUUUGCCAAUUUGGAAGACAGAACAAUUUCGAUGAGAUCUUAUUUUAUGAAAUCUGCGAUCGAGUCACCGAUCUGUCCCCUAUGAUAAUCAAUGGACGAAACCACUCGGAUGAGACUGAUUGUGAAGAUUGGCAAUGCAACAAUAUCUACACACGUUGUGACGGAUUUUGGAGUUGUCCACAUGGUGAAGACGAAGAAAACUGUACCCGUUCAAUUUGUCCUAAAGACCUUCUUCCCUGUAUUUCAUUAAAUAGAUCGGUAUUGAUCUGUUUACCUGCCAAUCAAGUUGGUGAUGGAAUCAUCGAUUGUCUUGGAGCAUCCGAUGAAAUUGAAUAUUGUCGAGAGAGCAAUGAACAUUAUCGAAUUCGCGGAUUUUACUGUUCGAAUGACAGAAUAUGUGUUCAGCAUGGUGAACUAUGCAAUGGUAAUCAAGAUUGUCUUUUGGGUGAUGAUGAAAACGUUUGUGCACAUCGUUCACAGUUAUGUGAAAAAUCAAAUUUUCAUAAUCUUACCGAUGCAGAAUAUGUCUUUUGUCAAAUUGGCUCUAUAAUGAAGCCUUCUUUUUCACUAGAAACGGCAUCAAUCUAUCCUCCAUUACCAAUUGUACAAAUCAAUCCAGUCAAUAAUCAAUUGAAUGAGCAAUACAUAUACUCUUCACCUGGUAAGUUUUCACAGCCCAACAUUUGUAACUAUGGUCUGCAAGUUUAUCAUUGGCUCGGACUUGACAAUAUUAGUAUUGUAUCUUUUUGUCCACCGAAUUAUUAUGGCGAUCGAUGUCAAUUUCAAAAUCAACGUGUCAGUGUGACUCUCAGAUUAGGACUGGUUGAACGUCAGUUACCCUAUACAAUUGUUAUUAGUUUGUUUGAAGAUGACAAUGAUCGACAAGAAAUUUAUUCAUAUCAUCAAUUGACUUAUUUACCAAAAGAUGGCUGCGGUCGAUCUUUGAGCAUGUAUCUUUUGUAUUCGGCCCGACCGAAGAACAAUUCGAAAAACUGCAGUAUUCAUAUCGAUGCAUUCGACAAGAAUUCGUUAACCUAUAUAGCAAGUUGGCAUUUAAAAGUUCCAUUUCUAUUUUUGCCGGUCAAUCGGCUAGCCGUAUUUUUAACUUUACCAAUUUCUCGAACAUUACAUCAUAGCCACUGUCCUCUUGAAUGUUACAAAGGUACUUGCGUAAAAUAUCUCAAUGAAGAACAUUUUUUUUGUCUGUGUUAUUCCGGUUGGUCUGGUGCGAAAUGUCAUAUUCAGAUCGAUUGCACUAACUGUUCGUCGAACUCGAUCUGUGUUGGUACCAUUCAAAAUCGACCCAUCUGUGUUUGCCGUCUCGGUAAGUUUGGUCCACGGUGUCUCCUCGACCAGUCAUGCCCAGAAAAAUUUUGUGAAAAUGACGGUCGAUGUGUAAUGAUCGAUGAAAGAAUGAUUAACAAGAGUUAUGUAUGUAUUUGUCCUCAAUCCUUUUUUGGCGUAAGAUGUGAACAAAUCAAACCGAAAUUAGAAGUUUCCUUUCUCAAUAUGGAAGUUCCAUCGUACACAUACGCCUUUAUAUAUCAAGAUACCACGUAUAGACAGCCAGAACUGCUACAUAUCAUACUUCAGAAAGUGAAGAUGUUUCAGAACAUUAUUACAUUCUAUACUCGUAGUGCAUUCCGAAUAGUUAUUCUCAAGACUGAUAUAAAUUAUUAUUUGGCUGUUCUUCAGCAGAACAAAUCAACGAACAUAUCAACAACAAUUGGUCCAUCGCAAAGAUGUGUUCCCUAUCAGGAACUGUUCAGCCCUAAAUUACUUACAUUACCACGAAUUCAUCGAUUAAAGAAUUAUCAUGUUCCAUGUCAAAAUAAUGUGGGGUUACAAUGUUUUAUGGAUGAAUUAUACAUGUGCCUAUGUACUGUAGAACACCACAGUAACUGUUUUUUAUUUGAUUCUAAUAUGACUUUCGAGUGUAUAGAUGACCUGUAUUGUGAGAACGGUGGAAUAUGUUUGCAACAUAAAGCAGAAUGCCCCGAGAGCAUUCUAUGUGUAUGCACUGAUUGUUUCUUCGGCAAUCGUUGUCAAUUUUAUGCCAAAGGGAUCGGAUUGACAUUGGAUGACAUGCUGCGUUAUGCAAUUCAACCAAAUGUAACCUUCAGAAAUCAAUCAAUUAUCGUUCAGUCGAGUUCAGCUAUCAUUAUGUUCUUAUUUGUAGUUGGUUUAUUGAAUAGUCUUCUCACUUAUUUGGUGUUUCGUCAUCCAAAUUGUCGGCAAACUGGCUCUGGAAUGUAUCUUCAUGUAUCAUCGAUCGUUUCUGGCCUUACUAUUAGUACAUUGACAAUGAAAUUCUGGUUCGUUGUAAUUACUCAUACUUAUCAAAGCAUCGAUCGUCAUAUUCUUCUUGGAGGAUGUAUAUCAAUUGAGAUAGCUCUGAAACUCUUUUUAUAUAUCAGCAAUUGGCUCAAUGCUUUUGUGGCUAUUGAACGAGUGAUAACAGUUAUAAAAGGAAUUCAUUUUAAUAAGAGCAAGAGUAAAUUUAUUGCAAGAUGGACACUUCGUCUUUUACCAUUCGUUAUUCUGGGUUCGAUGAGUCAUGAAUUCAUCUAUCGUGGUUUAUUCGAUGAUUACGAAGAGCAACGUGUUUGGUGUGUAUUUCAUUAUUCUCAGUCGGUUCAAAAUUAUUCUACAACCAUUCAACUUUUUCAUUUUAUUGUUCCGUUUUUGAUGAAUCUAUUCUCUGCUGUCUUCAUCAUAUUCAGUUUGGCUCGUCGACGAGUAGUAAUUCAAAAUCAGCAACGUUAUGCACAACAAUUUCUUGCACAAUUGAAAAAAAAUAAACAACUUAUUGUCAGUCCUAUUGUGCUGGUCAUUUUAUCAGUUCCUCGACUUUUAAUCACAUUAUUUUCGGGAUGUGUGAAAGCAUCUCGAAGUCCUUGGUUGUAUCUGUUAGGGUAUUUAGUUUCGUUCAUUCCAGCAGUUUUCGUCUUUAUCAUAUUUGUUCUACCGUCGUCAACAUACAAAAAACUAUUCAGAACGAUGAUCAUCCGUUGGCGGCGACGUUUUUUUCGUUAA